GCUGUUACAUCCCAUGUGAAAAGCAGGGAAUAAAAUGAAGAUUUUUCAGUGCAAGAUGCAGCACUGGCUGUUUCCAGCUUUUUUGGCAAUUAUUUAUUUUUGCACCAAUGUCCAGGGUCAAGUGGCUCCACCCACAAGGUUAAGAUAUAAUGUAUUAUCUCAUGAUAGUAUCCAGAUUUCAUGGAAGGCUCCGAGAGGGAAAUUUGGUGGAUACAGACUUCUUGUGACUCCAGCUGCAGGUGGAAAAACCAAUCAAUUGAAUCUCCAGAACACUGCAACUAAAGCGAUUAUUCAAGGUCUUAUGCCAGACCAGAAUUACACAGUUCAAAUUAUUGCAUACAAUAAAGACAAAGAAAGCAAGCCAGCCCAAGGUCAAUUCAGAAUUAAAGAUUUAGAAAAAAGAAAGGAACCAAAACCCAGAGUCAAGGUUUUGGACAAAGGAAAUGAGAAUAAACCAUCUGUACCAGAAGAAGUGAAAUUUUUCUGUCAAACUCCAGCUGUUGCUGACAUUGUAAUCCUGGUUGAUGGCUCAUGGAGUAUUGGAAGAUUCAACUUCAGACUGGUUCGGUCUUUUUUGGAAAACCUCGUUACAGCAUUCGACGUGGGCUCCGAGAAGACACGAAUUGGUCUUGCACAGUAUAGCGGCGACCCCAGAAUAGAAUGGCACUUGAAUGCUUUUAACACAAAAGAUGAGGUGAUCGAAGCUGUCCGAAAUCUACCGUACAAGGGAGGAAAUACACUAACAGGUCUUGCUUUGAACUAUGUCUUUGAAAACAGCUUUAAACCAGAAGCAGGAGCGAGGACUGGAGUGUCCAAAAUUGGCAUUUUAAUCACAGAUGGAAAAUCCCAAGAUGAUAUUAUUCCACCAUCCAGAAACCUUCGUGAAUCUGGUGUAGAACUGUUUGCCAUAGGGGUGAAAAACGCGGAUGAGAAUGAAUUGCAGGAGAUCGCCUCUGAACCAGACAGCACUCAUGUGUACAAUGUCGCCGAAUUUGACCUGAUGCACACAGUUGUGGAGAGUCUGACGAGGACUGUCUGCUCCAGGGUGGAAGAACAGGACAGGGAGAUCAAAGCCUCAGCCCUUGCCACCAUUGGGCCACCUACAGAACUGAUUACUUCUGAAGUCACUGCCAGGAGCUUUAUGGUAAACUGGACUCAUGCCCCAGGAAAAGUGGAAAAAUACAGAGUCGUGUAUUAUCCUGCCAGGGGUGGAAAACCAGAAGAGGUGGUGGUGGAUGGAAGCGUAUCUUCCACAGUAUUGAAAAACUUGAUGUCUUUAACCGAAUAUCAGAUAGCAGUCUUUGCAGUAUACGCUCAUACUGCUAGCGAAGGCCUUCGGGGAACUGAAACCACACUUUCUUUACCUAUAGUUUCUGACCUUGAACUGUACGAUGUGACUGAGAACAGUCUGAGGGCGAGAUGGAACCCAGUGGCUGGAGCGUCAGGGUACCUGAUCCUUUACGCUCCUCUCACGGAAGGCCUGGCUGGGGAUGAAAAAGAGAUGAAAAUUGGAGAGACCCACACGGAUAUUGAGCUGACUGCGUUGUUGCCCAAUACGGAAUACACAGUCACAGUUUAUGCUAUGUUUGGAGAAGAGGCCAGCGACCCUGUUACAGGACAAGAAACAACAUUGCCCUUAAGUCCACCCAGAAACCUGAGAAUCUCCAGUGUUGGCUCUAACAGUGCUCGGUUAGCCUGGGACCCAACUUCAAGAAAGAUCAGUGGUUAUCGGAUUGUAUAUAACAACGCCGAUGGGACUGAAAUCAAUGAGGUUGAAGUUGAUCCUAUUACUACGUUCCCUCUGAAGGGCUUGACACCCCUCACCGAGUAUACUGUUGCCAUUUUCUCCAUCUAUGAUGAAGGACAGUCGGAGCCUCUGACUGGAAUUUUUACCACAGAGGAAGUUCCAGCCCAGCAAUACUUGGAAAUUGAUGAGGUGACAACAGAUAGUUUUAGAGUGACCUGGCAUCCCCUCUCAGUUGAUGAAGGGCAACACAAGUUGAUGUGGAUUCCAGUCUAUGGUGGGAAGACUGAGGAAGUUGUCCUAAAAGAAGACCAAGACUCAUAUGUUAUUGAAGGCCUGGAACCUGGCACUGAAUAUGAAGUUUCCCUGUUGGCUGUACUGGAUGGUGGAAGUGAGACUGAGGUGGUGACUGCCGUUGGGACCACACUUGACAGUGUUUGGACAGAACCGCCUACGACCGAAGCACCUACCAGGCCUGUGACAUCAGUUUUCCGCACAGGAGUCAGAAACCUGGUUGUAGAUGAUGAAACCACUUCUAGCCUGCGGGUAAAAUGGGACAUUUCAGACAGCAGUGUGCAGCAGUUCAGGGUGACCUACCUGACUGCUCAAGGGGACCCUGCCAAAGAAGUGGUAGGAACGGUUAUGGUGCCUGGAAGCCAGAACAAUCUCCUUCUGAAGAACCUGCUUUCCGAUACUGAAUACAAAGUCACAGUGACUCCCAUUUACGAUGAUGGAGAAGGGGUCAGUGUCUCUGCCCCUGGAAAAACCUUGCCACCCUCUGGUCCCCAAAACUUACAGGUUUCAGAAGAAUGGUAUAACAGAUUGCGCAUUACGUGGGAUCCCCCAUCUUCCCCUGUAAAGGGCUAUAGGAUUGUCUAUAAACCUGUCAGUGUUGCUGGCCCAACGCUGGAAACAUUCGUAGGGGCUAACAUUAACACCAUCCUUAUUACAAACCUCCUCAGUGGAAUGGACUACAACGUGAAAAUAUUUGCUUCCCAGGCCUCAGGUUUCAGCGACGCUCUAACAGGCGUGGUGAAAACACUGUUUUUGGGUGUGACCAGUCUUCAGGCAGACCAGAUCCAAACGACCAGCUUGUGUGCUCGCUGGCAGGUGCAACGUCAUGCCACUGCCUACAGGAUAGUUAUAGAAUCCCGCCAGGAUACACAAAAGCAAGAAUCCACUCUGGGUGGAGGGACAAACAGACAUUGCUUCUAUGGACUUCAGCCUGAUUCAGAAUAUAAAAUCAGUGUUUACACAAAGCUCCACGAGAUUGAGGGACCCAGUGUGAGCAUAACGGAAAAAACACAAUCACUUCCUACUCAACCACCUACUUUUCCUCCAACCAUUCCACCAGCAAAAGAAGUAUGUAAAGCUGCCAAAGCCGACCUGGUGUUCAUGGUGGAUGGAUCCUGGAGUAUUGGUGAUGAAAAUUUCAAUAAGAUCAUUAACUUCCUGUAUAGCACUGUUGGAGCUCUGGACAAGAUAGGUGCAGAUGGAACUCAAGUUGCAAUGGUUCAGUUCACUGAUGACCCCAGGACAGAAUUUAAACUUAACUCUUACAAAACCAAAGAGACUGUUCUUGAUGCAAUUAAACAUAUCUCAUACAAAGGAGGAAAUACAAAAACAGGAAAAGCAAUUAAGCAUGUCCGAGAUACCUUGUUUACUGCAGAGUCAGGGACCAGAAGAGGCAUCCCGAAGGUCAUCGUGGUUAUAACUGAUGGAAGAUCACAAGAUGAUGUGAGCAAAAUCUCCAGGGAGAUGCAAUCAGAUGGCUACAGCAUUUUUGCAGUCGGCGUGGCUGAUGCAGAUUACUCAGAGUUGCUUAGCAUUGGCAGUAAGCCCAGCGCCCGGCAUGUCUUCUUUGUGGAUGACUUUGACGCCUUUAAGAAAAUUGAAGAUGAGUUGAUUACUUUUGUCUGUGAAACCGCGUCAGCAACCUGCCCACUGGUGCAUAAGGAUGACAUUGAUCUUGCAGGAUUUAAGAUGAUGGAAAUGUUUGGUUUGGUUGAAAAGGAAUUUUCAUCGGUGGAAGGGGUUUCUAUGGAGCCUGGUACCUUCAAUGUGUAUCCUUGUUAUCAACUUCAUAAAGAUGCCCUGGUUUCCCAGCCAACCAAAUAUUUACAUCCAGAAGGAUUGCCCUCUGACUAUACAAUCAGUUUUCUAUUCCGGAUUCUUCCUGAUACUCCAGAGGAGCCAUUUGCUCUUUGGGAGAUUUUAAAUAAAAAUUCUGACCCAUUGGUUGGAGUCAUCUUAGAUAAUGGUGGGAAAACCCUAACAUAUUUCAACCAUGACUACAGUGGGGAUUUUCAAACUGUUACUUUUGAAGGACCUGAAAUUAGGAAAAUUUUCUAUGGAAGCUUUCACAAGCUACAUGUUGUUGUCAGCAAGACUUUGGCCAAAGUGGUUAUUGACUGCAAGCAAGUGGGUGAGAAGGCAGUAAAUGCAUCGUCUAAUAUCACAUUAGAUGGUGUCGAAGUCCUAGGGAGAAUGGUUAGAUCAAGAGGACCAAAUGGAAACUCUGCACCAUUCCAGUUACAGAUGUUUGAUAUUAUUUGUUCCACAUCAUGGGCCAGUAAAGACAAAUGCUGUGAACUUCCUGGCCUGAGGGAUGAAGAGACCUGCCCAGAGCUUCCACAUUCNNNNUCCUGUUCUGAAAUCAAUAAAGGGGCUCUGGGACCAGCAGGCCCACCGGGUGGUCCAGGACUCCGAGGACCAAAGGGCCAACAAGGUGACCUGGGCCCAAAGGGACCAGAUGGCCCUCGGGGUGAAACAGGCCCUCCAGGACCUCAAGGUCCUCCUGGACCCCAAGGACCAAGUGGUCUGUCCAUUCAAGGAAUGCCUGGAAUGCCAGGCGAAAAAGGAGAGAAAGGAGCGACUGGACUUCCUGGCCCACAGGGCAUCCCAGGAGGUGUUGGUUCACCAGGACGUGAUGGCUCACCAGGCCAAAGGGGCUUUCCUGGAAAGGAUGGAUCCUCUGGCCCUCCAGGACCACCAGGGCCAAUUGGCAUUCCCGGAGCCCCUGGAGUCCCAGGAAUCACAGGAAGCAUGGGACCCCAAGGCGCCCUCGGACCACCUGGCGUCCCUGGAGCAAAGGGAGAAAGAGGAGAAAGAGGUGACCUACAGUCUCAAGCCAUGGUGAGAGCAGUGGCACAUCAGGUGUGCGAACAGCUCAUCCAAAGUCAUAUGGCCAGGUACACAGCCAUCCUCAACCAGAUUCCCAGCCAGUCAGCAUCAAUCCGGACCAUCCAAGGGCCUCCUGGAGAGCCUGGGAGACCAGGCUCACCUGGAACCCCUGGUGAACAAGGACCCCCAGGUGCCCCAGGCUUCCCAGGAAAUGCAGGUGUGCCAGGGACCCCAGGAGAACGAGGUUUAACUGGUGUGAAGGGAGAUAAAGGAAAUCCAGGCAUUGGAACUCAAGGUCCAAGAGGCCCCCCUGGGCCAGCAGGACCUUCCGGGGAAAGUCGGCCAGGAAGCCCUGGACCCCCUGGCUCUCCUGGACCAAGGGGUCCACCAGGUCACUUGGGGGUGCCUGGACCACAAGGUCCUUCUGGCCAGCCUGGAUACUGCGACCCCUCUUCAUGUUCUGCCUACAGCGUAGGAGUUCCCCAUCCUGAUGAGCCAGAAUUCACCCCUGUCCAAGAUGAGCUGGAAGCCAUGGAGCUGUGGGGCUCUGGGAUCUGA